AUGCUUGGACCAAUAGGGCCAAGACAGCGAGAUUUGACGGACAAAAAUGAUGCGAGCAAUGAAAAAAAUAGCAGGGCACAUAAGGAAAAUGAAGCAGCUUCAAAUUGCAAAGCCGGGAAAAAUCGACGCCUCUUCUCAAUUAAGAAAAGUAUGAAACCUGGACGGAAACACGCUGAUGAGGAUAUUGAAUCAACUCAGAUGGACGAUGAUGACAAGGAUUCCCAGUCAAGCAGUCAGCUUUUGCCCAAAUUAUGCCGCGAACGAAGGAAUGAUGGCGCUAGACAAGGUAAAAUGGACGAGUGCAUGACGAGAACUCAAACCCGAGAAGAGGAACCGUCAACUUUGGAAGGCGUUGCGUCAAUUACACGAGAUGAUGCUCCAUCGGCGGUUAGCAUGUUGCGGCCUUCAAUGAUUUCGGUUCAAAAGUGUGCUGGAAUGUCCAAAAAAAGUCAAAGAACCAAGCUUAAAUCCUCCACGAAGCAGUGA